UCAUCUGUGAGUGAAUUUCCUCCUCCAGCCUCACAGAGACUUCUCGCUCCUGCAUCAGAAAAGGUGGGCAUUUUAAAGAUGAAGGCCGUCGCUCUGCUAGUGUGUCUUCUUGGCUCAACUUUUGCCAUUCCUAUGAGUCAGCUCUACUAUGAACUGAACCCACAGAUGAUGUUGCCUCAGAUUCCAGAACCUCAAGGGAUACCACAGCAGCAAAUCCCAGAGUUUGGACCUGGCAUUUCACAACCCGCUGGAACGACAGGCCGUGCCAGCUUUGAAAUUAUCAUCCCCUAUGGAGCGCGACAGCAGCCCGGAUCGAUCUUCCCUUCCCACGGGUUCAUUAAGCAGUCCAUUCCUCAGCCAGGCAGACGCAGCCUAGAAAUCCUCUACCCUUUUGGCUACGGUAACACAGCCCCAAUCCACACGUCUGGAGGUGGGCCGGCGCCGGCUGAGCAGGAGCAGGACUGAACGUGGAUGUGACCCUCUGGAUGAGACCCUCGCCUGCCAGGACCCGAACGCCCCCCUGUUUUCUGCCAUCUCCUCCUUCUCUCUUUGUAAUCUGUAAUUUAAUGUUGACCUUUUCCUUUCAUGUUUUCAUGUAACACCGCGCUCUUCAAGCCUCUUUAGGACGAGAAUGUCGAAGGCCAAAAGCUGACGUUCCACCGUGGAGGCGCCGUGGCCAAAUGUGCAAUACGCCGUCUCCAAGAUCUGCCACCCUCGCUCGCCUGGCGCAUGGCGUUGGGCAGCUCCAUCUGUCCCUUUAGCGUAGAUUGGCUGAUUCCCUGACUGAUUCCCGUCAUUCUGUUUGUCCUGCUUUUGAAUAAAUAAAACAAAUACAAACAAAAGACCUUCA